UGUGUGGAUGUGACGACACUACAUAGAACAAUGGACGAUUCCCCAGUCGAUCUUGGUGCCAGGGAUCCCAAUUCCCUCAAUGGCGAUGUACAGGUUCUAUUUGAAGAUGUUUUGGGAGAACCAGAGGGAGCCCAUAGCAUCGACUGUGUCUGGACCAACAGUUACAAAUGCUUCACCUGUGGGAAGAACUGUUGCUACAAGUUCAUGAGUACCUUGUGUGGGAUUUGUAUUGCACUGUACUGGGGAUGUGAGUUCGCCAUGAUCACGUUCGAGAUGGUAUGGUGCUGUACACCUGCUCUCAAAGUCCAUUCCAUCAUGCUCGGAAUUUGUCAACGUUUCUUCGGAUCAUGUAUCCAGUGUUGUCUGGCUCCUCUCUGUGAGACGAUGGGAUUAUGCUUCGGGAACAUUACAAUUACUAAGAAAUGAUAAAACGAUUAUCAAAACUUUCGAUAGACAAAUCAAUCAAUUUUUGUGCCAUCCCUCAACAACUGUGAUACUAGCCAGUUUUGGCUGGGUUUCCUUGAAGUGAGUCAGUGAUAUUUUACAUACACUUGUUAUUUCAUUAAAUAUCGAGUGGAUUAUCAUCUCAAAUGUUUAAUGUUCUACUUGUCAUUGAUGUAUUUCUUUUACAAUAAAAUAUUUAUUUAA